AUGAAGGACCUAUUUUCAGACCAUUUUUGUUCACCGGAAAAGGGAGACUUUGGGGAAGUCAUGGCGGCUUUGUAUUUUUUGUUCUGUGCAGAUAUUGCCCGAGGUAGUUUGAAGGACAAUAAGGAGUACACCACUUUCUCAGUACCACUAAAUGAUUGGAUCAAUUGUCCAAUCAAUGGGGGUCGUAGUGGUGAUGAUGGUGACAACGGUGACGACAUGAUGACUAAAAAUAACGAUUGCCAGGUCCAUUUCAGUGCCAUCCAAGUCUGUCAAAAUUAUGCCCGUGAGUAUGAUGACUCGUGGUCUUUACUUCAGAAUGAAGUGUUCUUGGAAAACAUGUACAAAACGGUUGUGGGAUUUUAUGUGUUUGCAGGUUGCAGUGUCAUUGAUGUUGUAUUUGCAUUGCAAAUAUCAGCGGCAGCACCAAGAAAAGGCGGCGUCACCGCCACUAGCUCAUCCUCAUCAAAAAAGCACCAAUACGUUCCGAUGUUUGUGUCCAUCAAGUUGCAAUCCAGUUUCUGUCCAAAAUCUGCAAGCAUUGAAUGCAAUAAGAUGAAAUCAAAAUUUGAAGCGGGGAAAGGUGGUAGCGAGCUUGGUGCCCUUUGCCUCUUGGUGGUGUUUGCUUCAUCUGUCAAGUCAAAGAUGGAGACUAUACUUUGA